AUGCCAGUGCCCUACAACCUCCGCAACCGCGAAUCCCUCAGAGCCCAACGCAGCUCCGCGCGCACUCAUUCCACCAACCCACACACCCAAUUCGAAAUCAAAGUCGAGAACCUCGUCGAAUCCGCCCUCCAACCCACCCUCCACGCCGAAGCACAGAAAACCGUUCCAGUGCGCCAACACGUCCGGCCCGACAUCGUCGUCCGCGAGAACCGCACGGGCAAAGCGAAAUUGGUGAUUGAUGCGAAGAAUUAUGCGGGCACCAUCCCGGUUGCGGAGGUAGAGAAGCUGGCGGGGGAUAUGAGGGUUGUUGGGGCGGCGAGGGGCGUGCUGUAUGUUGCGGAGGGGGCGGGUGUGUCGGUGAGGACGGAGGAGGUUGCGAGGAGGGCGGGUAUUGCGAUUGUGCGGGAUGGAAGGGAGGGGAGACGGAUGCUGGCGGGGAUGGUGGUGGAGGCGGGCGGCGGGAGGGAUGGCAGUGGUGUUGCGAUCUUUGCGGGGGGACAUGACUCGCCCGAUCUGCGAGUCGCAGCAGGACGAGACGUGGAGUCGAGAGGGAGAACGGCCGCUGGUCCUCUGAAGAAGGACGGCACACCCGAUAUGCGAUAUGCAGUGAACAAAGCGGCUUACGGCGGGACGAAAAGCUCGAACGCCGUCGCAGGGCGUCUGACAACGGAAGAUCCUCUCGAUUCGCGGUACGCCGCGAACAGAGCCCCAUACAGCGGAUCGGAACACAUUUCAAUCCCACCUCAUCAGUCGAAUCUCAACCCCGGCGCCGCACCGUCGAAAUACGAACUUGACGAAACACGCUACACAUCAAGAGAAGCCAAGCAUGGCGGUCAUCUGAAAAAGAUGUUCCGACGCAUCAAGUCGUGGCGGCGAUCGCUGAGGAAAGACCGCGGAACGGACGUAUGA